CGCCUCAUAUUUAAACCCUUCACACCACACCAAAAGCUCCCCAAUGAAUCAUCACUACGUCGUUGCGUAUUGACCACCACUGCCACCUCACCUCCCACCGCCCUAGCUCCGCCUCUCUCCUUCCGCCGGAAUUCCUUUCCUCUCCGGCUGCGCCACCAUUUCCUUGUUCCAUAUAUCUUCUCUCUCUCUCUCUCUCUCUCUCUCUCUCCUCCCACCCCCCCCUCUCUCUCUAUAUCUAUCUGCUAUAUCUAUAAUCAUGACUCCAAAAUCAAUACAUACACGCUAGCUAACCUCGCCGCCUCGAUUUCCAUAGACACGAAGGAAUGAAAAAUCUUCGAUCGGAUCCGAACCACGUCGUUGUGGUUUGAAAUUAUGCAUCCUUUUUGCUGCGUAUCAACCGUUCAAGACCGGAGCUCCGGGAAUCCGCCGGAGCCCCUACCUAUGUCCUCGGAGAUCUCGUCCGGAUCCAGUGCCAGAUCCGACACGGUUAAACACACACACAACAAUAACAACAACAACAACAACCACCAUGUCAGCCAGAGGAUGGUGGCGCCGUCGUCUACGGCGGCGGAGCACAGCGAUCAGAUGGAGGUGAAGAUCAAUGAUAUAGUGGGGAAUGGAAUCUCUGGAAUUCUGUAUAAGUGGGUGAACUACGGGAAAGGUUGGAGACCUAGGUGGUUCGUGUUGCAAGAUGGUGUUCUUUCGUAUUAUAAAAUUCACGGACCUGACAAGAUUGUGGUCAGUCAAGAGACUGAGAAGGGAUCUAGAGUCAUCGGAGAAGAUUCGCUCCGCCGAAUUUCUCGUCACAGGAAUGCUGACGUUGGUGGCUCUCUUCUCCGCCGGAAACCUUUUGGUGAAGUUCAUCUCAAGGUUUCAUCGAUACGGGAGAGCAGGUCAGAUGACAAGAGGUUUUCUAUUUUUACGGGUACUAAGAGGCUGCACUUGAGGGCUGAGACUCGAGAGGAUCGAGUGGCGUGGACGGAAGCAUUGCAAGCGGUGAAGGACAUGUUUCCCAGGAUGUCCAACAGUGAACUAAUGGCUCCUGUGGAUAAUGUUGUUGUGUCAACAGAAAAGUUGAGGCUGCGAUUACUGGAAGAACAUGUGAGGGAAGAAGCGAUCCAGGACAGUGAGCAGAUUAUGAGAAACGAGUUCGCAGCUCUGCAGAAUCAGCUUAUGGUGCUUAAACAGAAGUACCGGCUCCUCCUCGACACGCUGCGGCAGUUAGAGACAGAAAAAGUUGAUCUGGAGAAUACAGUAGUUGAUGAGAGCCAACGACAAUUGAUGGAGCAGGGCCCUUCGUCUAGGUUAAGGCAGGACAAAUCCAGUGAAGGAAGUCCAAGUGAGUCUGAAGAUGACAAUGAGAGGGUUGCAGAGGAAGAAACAGAUGAUGAUGACAAUGCAUUUUUUGAUACUCGUGAUGUUCUCUCAUCAAGUUCUUUUAAAAGCAGUGGGUCUGAUUUGCGAACAUCGUCUUUCUCUUCUGAUGAAGAGCUUAAUGCUUUUGAAUCUGAAGAUGAUGUUGACCCUUCCAUUAAAUCUGUUGGAAAGAAUUUUCCUCAUAUUAAACGUCGUAAGAGAUUGCCUGAGCCUGUUGAGAAAGAGAAGGGAGUAAGUCUCUGGUCAAUGAUUAAAGAUAAUAUCGGGAAGGACCUGACAAAAGUUUGUCUCCCUGUCUACUUUAAUGAACCACUCUCUUCACUGCAAAAAUGUUUUGAAGAUUUGGAAUAUUCAUAUCUCAUUGACCGGGCAUAUGAAUGGGGAAAAAGGGGUAACAGCCUUAUGAGGAUUUUAAAUGUUGCGGCAUUUGCUGUAUCUGGAUAUUCUUCUACUGAAGGAAGACAUUGCAAGCCAUUUAAUCCAUUACUUGGGGAGACGUAUGAGGCAGACUAUCCAGACAAAGGCCUUCGAUUUUUCUCAGAAAAGGUCAGUCAUCACCCAAUGACUGUAGCAUGCCAUUGUGAAGGUACUGGAUGGAAAUUUUGGGGUGAUAGCAAUCUCAAAAGCAAAUUUUGGGGUCGCUCAAUUCAGCUUGAUCCUGUUGGUGUUUUGACCUUGGAAUUUGAUGAUGGAGAAGUUUUUCAAUGGAGUAAGGUAACAACAUCCAUAUACAAUCUUAUAUUGGGAAAGCUAUACUGUGAUCACUACGGGACAAUGCGUAUACAGGGGAACCGCAACUAUUCAUGUAAGCUCAAAUUCAAGGAACAGUCUAUCAUAGACCGUAAUCCUCACCAGGUACAGGGAAUAGUUCAGGAUAAGAAUGGGAAAACCAUAGCAACGCUAAUUGGGAAAUGGGAUGAGGGCAUGCAUUACAUGAAUGGAGACUGCUCUGGAAAGGGAAAAGGACAUGACUUGUCAGAAGCCCAUUUGCUUUGGAAGCGGAGCAGACCUCCUAAGUUUCCCACUAGAUAUAAUCUGACACGGUUUGCCAUCACCUUAAAUGAGCUCACUCCUCGAUUGAAGGAGAAGUUGCCACCAACAGAUUCAAGGCUGAGACCUGAUCAGAGGUGCUUGGAAAAUGGGGAGUAUGACAUGGCAAAUUCGGAGAAGUUGCGGCUGGAGCAGCGGCAGCGGCAGGCUCAUAAGAUGCAAGAGAGUGGUUGGAAGCCUAGGUGGUUUGCGAAGGAGAAAGGAAGUGAUACGUACCGCUACAUUGGUGGUUAUUGGGACGCUAGAGAGAAGCGAAACUGGGAAUCUUGUCCUGAUAUCUUUGGUCAUUUCCUGUCUGAUCAGACAUCGGAUUGAUUGUUGUCUGUAUAUCAUUUUCUUUGUAUUUCUCCUCUUUUCUUUCUUCGACAGAUUAGAUAGGCGGCGAAUGAUUGCCUGCUGAUAUGAGGAACUUAGGUUGAUGUAAACAUGCGUGUAAGUAAAACUAGAGACAGAGGUAUGACAGGUAAUAAAGGAUCGAUUUCCCAAUUUCA